GAAGCUUAAGGCGUCAGUUGUGUUUGCAUUACUAUCGUGAGCAGAGGGCUGUCGUAAGAUUUACCGGAAAUUAAGUGUACGAAACGUAACUGAAUCGCUGACCUCAUCAUCCCGGAGAUGGAGAAACAAUUCCACACUAACAACCAGCCUACGAUGCAGUGUGUGUCUACGCGUGGUGGUGGAGCAUUACGGCGGUGCUCUCUAGAGGAAGACCUGAUCGAUGUGAGGGUGCGGGAAGGCACUGUCGUCUCCCGUCAGCGCAACGGCCGCAUAGUCACAGUGGUGCAGAACGGCUCCGUGGCAGUGGGUGUGCGCAGUGGCAGAAGCCAGUUCUCUAGCACUGUGGUGCAGUCCGGCGGCAUCGUACUGCAAAGCACGGCAGGCACCAAUAGUGUGCAAUUCAACAAUAAUGUGCAGGUCAACAAUUGUGUGAUGAACAGCUGCGUGCAGAUGAAUAUGCAAGAUGUCGAUGACGCAGAUGAUGACUUGGAUGACUUGGAUGACUUGGUGUGGCCGGGUGGCAGCAGUACUGUCGUGAAUGUUGGCAGUAGUACCGUCGUCAAUGUUGGCAGCAGUCGUAGCGUCGUGAGCGUUGACGGUGUUGGCGGCAGUGGAAUCAGUGUAAGUGUUAAUGGCCGCAGUGUGAAUGUUGUCAACAGCGGUAUUACUGUGAGAGUUAGCGGCGGCAGUACCACUGUCAAUAUUGGCGACUACUAAACCUACAGGGAGACACAAGGCAUCAAGCUCAACUAUGCGCCGGACACCCGCGUUUCUUGCCAGUAGUGACCAACCAGCUCACAUCUUUCGUUGGCCGUGAUCUUCUUAUAUUCACUUUUAUUUACCGGAAACAACCGCUCUUUCUUUCCACUGCUCUGACCAUGGUGGCGCAGUUCUCAGGCAUUGAACGUGUAUUCGGAAGGAGACUGCUUCAAAUUCCCAUCUGCCCAUCAUAAUUUUACUUGUGGGGUGUCCAAAAAUAUCUUUACAACCUUAUUCUUUGAUCGUUUCAAACCUAUACAACCUAAUAACACAGAUUUCAGCGUGGAAAAUUUUUGAAAAAUUAUGAGUUUUCUUGUGAAAAGGUAAAAAAUCAUCUCUCUUAUUAAGUAUAGUUUUAAAGGUAUAAAGAUAAAUCAUGGACACCCUGUAUUUUGUAAAGGUCGUGCCCAACAGCUGUCAGGUAUUUGAAAAGGAAGUCUUGUUUCAAAACUUUACGGAACUGAUAAUAUAAUUGGUUUUCUACUACAGAUUUUAAUGUUCUGAUUGUUUUGAGGUACCAUAAAAUUAUCUACAACAGCUUACAUGUUCUUACUGUGGCAACAAAUGAAACAAAAGUGAUCUUCUGUCACUGUCGCCAACAGUAAAAUACAUUAUAGAGUACGUAGGGCGCACUCUGCGCUAAAGCUUGUUACAUGAUUGUGACAGUUGACGAAAAUUUUAAACUGUGAUAGGACAUUAUACUUCUCACACGACAAAAUAUUUUAGUAGCGACGGCAGUGACACAAGGGGGCUUUCAUUUUAUUGCAAGCCACAGUAAGAACUUCGUCACAGUGGCUACUGUAAAUAAUUUUAUGACACCUGAAGAUGAUCAGAAUAUAGCAAAUAAAGAAAUCUUUAACAACAACUCUUGGCAGUCUUGAAAUAUGACUUUUAUCAUCAAAAUUUACGUUUCCGUAAGUUCCCCAAAUCGCUUAAUGAGAAUUCCAGAGGGUGAUUUCUGUGAAAAGGCGCGGUACGGUCGAUUCUCUUUCUCACCCUUCUCCACCCUGUGCUUCUGCGUCGUCUCUAAUCGUCUCAUUCCUUUAUGGAACGUUCAGUGCUAAUCUUCCUUCCUUCUUUGUUCACAUUGCAUCGAUCAGCUUUCAAAAUUACUGACUUCUGCAAUAACAUCAAAUCUAAGCGUCACUAUAGACGUGUUAAAUAACGGUGCAACAAAUAAUUUAUGAAUGAACUGAAGUAAUAUUUGAAGUACACCAGUAAUGAAGCAGUCGUGGCAUGAUCCGCUGAAAGACGGACGAUAAGAAGAGUUGCUGAUUAUGAACAGAUUCCGUUACUACACAAGUGGUCUCGCACGUGCGAACAUGUUGAUUUGAGUUAGUAGUGGCAUAGCCAAUUACAUACCUUGCUAUUGGAUAGUACUAUUCAACAGUCAGGUUGUUACUACAAAACUAUAUUGAAAACACCCUAGUUCUUAUAUUUAAAAUAAACUUAAAGGUAUACUAAAAUGGCCAAUUGUAUCCUUUGAUGAAGACAAGCUCUUUGUAACGGCUACUAGCGAAGUUUUAGCGGCUCGAACUUGCGUCUUUUUCCUAGGCAACAAUCGGUCGAUAUUGAGAUGUGUAUUCUAGAUUCUACAGGAACUGCAGACAAAAGCGCACAUAGUUUUAAUAUUAAAAUUAAAUAAACCUAUAGAUUUUCCUCUUUAACAUACCGCUUGUCUGUUAAAGUGAACAAUGCCGCGUUGCAUCGUGGUUCAGAGUGCACGUCAAUCUGUAGGUCCGCCCUACAACUGACUGCUUUAGGUAGUUCGACGAUCGCAGGAGGGCAACAACAUAUCACUUCCAAUAACACUACGCCUUGUAAAGCGCUAUGAUACUCAAAUCAACCGCUGUUUUUUUUUCCUUAUAUAAAGUAGGAUGGAAGACAAUUACUUUUUGCUUCAUUACUGAUAUACCGCCAAUUCUAUUUCUUCUUCAUGUACUUUUUUUUUCAACACGAGUAGUGGAAGUGUUACCAAAAACUGAGAUUCCAAUUGAUAAACGAGAGUUAAUGUAUUUGGUAAAUGAAAAUCGCUGAUGCUUUGGCCAUUCGACGAUAAAUAUAAAUAAAUUCUUCCCUGUUUUAUUCUUUCUGCUAAGUUCACUGGGCAGUAGCAUUUAUCAAGAAUGCAAGAUUAAUUAAUCAUUUUUAUCAUGUAUCCGUAACGAGCUAUAGACUCUGUAAAUGUAUCUUUUUAUGGUUGUUUUCUUCAUGUUUGAUUUCUUGUUUUCGCUGAUUUUUUGUUACCUGGCUCAGCCAUGUUGUAUGCUUAAAGCAGAAGAUAGCUACUGAAGCAUGUCAUGUGUAACGAAAAUAAAGAA